GACAUAUUCAGAGUACGCGGUUUAAACUAAUUUUAUGAAGAAACGUGCGACCUCGAACUCAGGCCACUCAUAAGUCUACGAGGUAGACUUAUAAUAAUAGAGUAAACUAAAAUUUAACCGGUCUAACAUCGAAAAUGAUAGAUUUACGUGAUGAGAAUGUUAAAAGUACAAUAAACAAUGGAAAAUAUGGUAAUUUAAAUAUACCAGUUACAUCGCAACAAGGGUUAGCACCACUUAGUCCAUAUUUAAACUUUGAUCCUGCAUAUCUUCCUCCAAGUCAGCCAGAAUACAUAUUUCCUGAGGGAGCUGCAAAACGAAGAGGAAGAUUUGAAUUGGCUUUCAGUCAGAUUGGUGCAGCAUGUAUCAUAGGAGCUGGUAUUGGCGGUGCAACUGGUUUAUAUAGAGGAAUUAAAGCAACAUCAUUAGCUGAUCAAACUGGCAAGCUUAGAAGAACUCAAUUAAUCAACCAUGUUAUGAAAAGUGGUUCGUCAUUAGCAAACACAUUUGGAAUAGUGUCUGUAAUGUAUAGUGGAUUUGGUGUGCUGUUAUCUUGGGCCAGAGGUACGGAUGAUUCCUUGAAUACUUUAGCAGCAGCAACUGGGACAGGCAUGUUAUUCAAAUCUACAUCUGGCUUGAAAAAAUGUGCAUUAGGUGGUUGUGUAGGACUGGCAAUAGCAUCUGUAUAUUGCUUAUGGAGUAAUCGGGAAGUCUUACAGGAAUUGAGCCAUCGCAACGUAAAUCCGGCGUAAGACUAUCUAAAUGAAGUAUGAGGAAGAAGAUUUUGAGCUACUAGAAAUUUGCACAACGAAAAUGAUUUGUUUUGUACAUAGAGAAAAUCAUGUUGGACAAUUUUAUAGAAUAUAAACAAUUUAGUGAAAUAUGCCAAAUUAAUCUACAAUACAAAUAAUAUAAUAUAUAAUGCAACAUAGUUGUUAUAUGUAUACGUGUGCGCGCGCAUGUGUUUUGUAUAUAUAGAAAUUAUAAUUGUGUGUGUGUGUGUAUAUAUAUAACUAUAUAUAUAUAUAUAGUUUUAGAUUUAUAUCAGCAAUACCGACAGACUGUACAGUUUACGUGUGACAUCUGGAUUACUAUCAUAUAUCGGUAAGGCACGAUAAUCUUAUCAAAGUUUAUCUUUAUGUUCUCAACCAUUCUCGGAAAACAGAGAAAGAUUUAAGUGAAAAGAGUAAAAUAGAGAGAAGUAACGACCGAUUGUUCAAAUUAUUUGUUAAUUACUAAAUCAGAAAUGCUAUCAUUAGUAGUGUAUGUAAUAUAGACGUGCGAGUUUCGAUUGAUAAUGAAAAAAUCGGUAAAAGUACGAAUAGUAAAACAGAAAUAAAAAUUUAACUCGUUUUCCCCAUUUUCAUUAUUGCACAUUGGUAUCGAUCAUUUCUAUAAUGCCGGUUAAAAAUAUUAUACGGGACGCAAACAUUUAUUGUAAAAGGUAAAUAUUUGAUCUUUACUCGGUACGAUCUUUGACGUUAGUAUAGAUGUUGCAUCGAUAAGUGUAUUAGUGAAAAUUCACGGCUUAUUUGAACAAGAAACACGCGAUGUUCAUGGACACAUGAACGCUUCGAUGUAAGCCAAAGUUGUUCGAAUCUGCAAGGAAGCAAUAUUUUACUAGAAAAAUAUAUUUUGGAACUGAAUAACUUUUUAAUAGAAAGGAAAAAAGAGAUAUUCUUUCAUAAAGUGUUACAACGUUUCAAAAAGUUUCAUCAUUGAACUAUUAUCAACUUUAGUAAACUUGGGUAAGGGAUUGUAUAAUACAUAAUGCUAAACAUCUCCUUCCAUCGUGCUACAAAAAUAUCUCAUUGUUGAGAAAUAGGUGUAGAUGUGCAUGUGGUGCAUAAUUAUGACCGAAUACAUUGAUGGAACAUAUGCAUGGUAUAAAAACUACAAUAAACAAGUUUAAUCACGAA